CUGUAGGAUUUUGAACUUACAGGAAACUAAAAAGGUGUUCAAAAUUCUUUAGCUUAAGAUUUCUUUCUUGUGUUUGAACAUGUGGGUUCGAUUUUCAAUGUCAGACUGUUGAAAUUAAAGUUCAUAAAAAGCUGUUGUGUAAUUGUAAAUUUUUUUUGCAUUUUAUAACUUGAUUGUGGAUAUGGUACAUUAUCCAUCUAUUGGUAGAGUUUUGGAAGUUUUUCUAAAAUAUUUUUCGAAAUGGUGCAUUUGCAUUUAUGUGGAACUGUUAGCCUUAAUUUGAUUACUCUGUUUUGAUGGCACCCAACUCGAGAAAAGGGAGAGCCAAAUUCUGUAAGUCCACAAGUGUUCCAUUACUAUUUUCAUCAAGUUUUGUAGUUGACCAAGGACAUUAUGUUGUUCAACUAUUUUGUUUUAAUGGGUUGAUGGCAACACUAACAAAAUUGAUUUUUAUAUGCGCUUUUUUCUUUGUCAUUGAGCAAGGACAUAAUGUUGUUCAACUAUUUUGUUUUAAUGGGUUGAUGGCAACACUAACAAAAUUGAUUUUUAUGUGCUUUUUCUAUCCUAUGUUUUUUUUCCACUCUCUCAUAUCUUUUCCCAGUCUAAUUCUCAUUGUCAUCUCUAAAGCAAUUUGUGUAGAUUGUCACAAAAUGUUAUGAUUAUAAUUUUUUAUUUUAUUUGUUUUAUUUCGAUGAUUUGAUAUGGCCAUGAUUUCAUUUUGUUUGUUUAGGUGGUGAUAUCAGCAGUUUGCUGAUUCUAUUGGCAAUUACAGGUUGCUGAUUGAAGGAGCAGCUGUUUUUUUUUUUUUUUUUUUUAAUUUAAAAAUACUAGCUCCUGGUCAUUUUAGAUAUUUGAUUUUCCAUGAUUCCCAGAUAUUUAUGUUUUUGAGAUUUUUAACAUUGGUGUGGAUAGAAGCCGAAGCCCUCCAAGAGGCAAGAGGUUUAGUAGCAGUGAACGUGCAUCUUACCGUGAUGCUCUCCAUCCAAGAGAUUGCCACGUUUCCUGGCAAGAUUAUCUUUGCAAUAAAUGUAAACGACCAGGCCAUUUUGCCAGAGAUUAUCUGAACAUGACUGUAUGCAACAAUUGUGGACUUCCUGGGUGAGAUGAGUACUGUUAUUGCUUUUCAUGAUUUUCCCUCAAGAUGGGGGGAAAAAUAAAAAAUAUGGAUCAAAUCUAUGAAAAUUUGUUCGGGAGAUUGCUCUGUAUCUCAAGUUAAAAAUUUUACCUACUAUUUCUAUGACUUUCUGAUUUUUGGAAUACAUUUCUGUGACUGCCACAUUGCUGCUGGAUUACCUCAACAACUAUGUGUUGGAACUGUAAGGAGCCUGGACAUCUUGCAAGCCAGUACCCCAAUGAUCCAAUGUGUCACAUGCGUGGUAAGAUGGGUCACCUGGCUCGAGAUUGUGUUCAUCCAGGUCUUCCAGCUCAUGGUGCAAGGCUGUGCAACAACUGUGACAAGGCAGGCCACAUUGCUGUAGACUGCACAAAUGAGAAGGCUUGCAACAACUGUCAUAAAACUGGUCACCUUGCUCGUGAUUGCCCUAAUGAACCGGUCUGCAAUAUUUGCAAUACAUCAGGUCAUUUGGUCCGUCAUUACCCCAAGUCAAGCCUAGCAUCAGACAUGAGAGGCUCUUUCCGAGACAUUACCUGCCGGAUUUGUGGUCAGUGAGGGCACAUGAUCCAUGACUCUGUCUGUGCAUACAUUGUCACAUGCAACAACUGCGGUGGAAGAGGUCACCAAGCCAGCGAGUGCCCUUCUACCCAGAUGUUUGUCCGUCAGUAUUAACUGCUUGAUAGCUAGGAUUACAAUCAAAUUAUUGUAGCUAUGAAUUUGUUUAAGCGCUUCUCAAUGUAAGUUGAGUGGCUUUGUUCAACUUUCGGAUUUGAAUUGAUUGAAUUCACUUUUUUGGAUGA